GCAAGAAAUCUUAAGCAUCCACCAUUGGAUCGAAACAUAUUGGGGAAGUUUUUUUUAAACCAAGAACAUUGACGAUUAACCGAUUAACCGCCCAUUUCCUUCUCCUUCGUUAAUCCACGCGCGACAGCUUCAAAAUGUCUAAGGCGCGCUCCACUGCCUUUGGCGGCGACCAGAUUGUGAAGCUCAUUGUGGGAGCUGGAAAAGCUACCCCGAGUCCUCCAGUUGGUCCCGCACUUGGAAGUAAAGGUGUUAAGUCUAUGGAUUUCUGCAAGGAAUUCAAUGCCCGCACGGCACACAUAAUAGCAGGCACGCCGAUGCCGACUCUAGUAACGAUUCGAGCAGACAGAUCCUUCCAUUUCGAUGUUCGAACACCACAGACUUCGUGGCUCCUCAGAAAUGCGGCAGACCUACCGGCCAACAAGAAGGGGAAGAAAAAGGCUUCUAGCCGGCCGGGACACGAAAUAGUAGGCACAGUUACUCUAAAACAUGUUUACGAAAUCGCCAAGAUAAAACAGUCCGAACUACGUCUCUCCGGUCUUCCGUUGGAGGGUCUUUGCAGGGCCAUCAUCUUCCAGGCCAAGUCAAUGGGUAUUGCCGUUAUUGCAUAAAGGAAAGGCGGUUCCGACUCAGUCGCCUUUUGUAACAUCCAGGCGUUAAGGCGAGUGGGCUAAGGGUUGAUUAUCGGUUUCGGAGCCUCCGUUAUGUUUGCAUAAACGAAGCUUUUGAUAUGUAUUACCAAACCUAUACGAAAUUCACGGAUCAAACGCAGAGUCCCUGAUAUGCUCCUGCAUAUGGCGUCUAAUGCAACGGAAACAUUGGAAAUUGCCUCUUCGGAUCUGACGAUGAUCGAGAAGUCUCGGAUGCUUUUGCGGGUAGAUAAGGCGCUGCUACUCCCUGAUGGCUACUGAUAUGUCGCUUCCCCGCCACUCAUGGAACUUAUAAUAUAGUCUAUAUUAGAAUUGAUAGUCUAUAUAAGUGACUAUAUGAAAACUAU